AUGAACAUUCAAUUCAUGUUUGAAAACAAGAAAGGCUCUGUUGUCGACAAAUAUGGUAGAUCUGAACCAAUGGAUUAUAUUGUUGAUGAGGAGCAGUUUCGUCUCGAAACGUUGAUCUCUCAUACACAAUAUAAUCCUUCGGCUCUAAAGAGCGAGAAGGAAAUAGGGACAAUGCAGGUGGAAAAAGAAGUGAAGUGUCUGAGUGCGGCCACUGCUGCAAAACAACUUGGGACUCACGUUCGUACAGCACAGAAAUGGGCUAAACAGUACGAGACGGAUCCUGACUGGAUCUUUGAGAAACGGAGAAAGACUGGUCGUCUUUGUAUUCUCCACGAGGAACACAAAAACGCUAUCAUUGAGUGCAUUGAUGGCAAUCCUUCCGUCGUCCUGGACGAAUUAAUGAAGAAGUUAAAACAAACAUUUACAGAAUUAAAAGUAUCCAAAACUACCUUUUUCGAUUUUGUAAAACAACAUUGUAAUUUGUCUCUCAAAAAAGCUCGGCUUCAACCCAUGGGCCAACAUGUCGUUCAUCAUACCUUACCUGCAAUUUAUGCUAACCACUCACCUUCGACACUCAUCCGCCCGAUCUCUCUACUCUUUCCUGGACCAGCCAGCUCCUGCCCAUCCCCACUGCGAUCACUGCUACAGGCUUCUGCCCACUUGCGCACCUCCUCUUCAGGUAGUUUCUUAACCCUCAAGACGAACGACGUAUUGGCUGAGCAUGGGAGACUCCGAAUUAGACGAUACCAAAAGGCGAUUUCCGCUGAAAAUAUGCAGUAUACGUUAUGGCUCCAUCACCUUCUGGAGAGCCAGGCUCAACUGACUGACACUUCUAUGCCGGACCCUCUUGACCUCUCUCCCCUCACUAAAGACAUUAUUAUAGGCAAAACAUCUCUGUAUAAGGCAUCUAGUUCGGAUUUUCGAAGUCAUAUACAGCCACACUCACUUACAACAAAUCUUUCUCGCGCAGCAUGGAUCCACUGUCAUUUUUUCGACGAUGACAUUUGCCCCAUAUGCCUGUCAGCAAUAGACACCCCUGAUCACUUCCUCAUCAACUGUCCCAAAAAACGAUUGGUAUGGAGUAUCAUCCUCUCUCAGCCUCUACAAUCCAUGCCAUCUGGCGAGCUCACUGAGCGUUUGUCAUGGACGAACAGCCCUUCCUUCCUAGUGUGA